AUGGGCACCAAAGUAUGUAUCGACGGAGACCUGACCGCCAAAGGAUGCACCGAUGGACACAUGGCCACCAAAGUAUGUAUCGACGGAGACCUGACCGCCAAAGGAUGCAAUGGUCAACACAUGGCCACCAAAGUAUGUAUCGACGGAGACCUGACCGCCAAAGGAUGCAAUGGUCAACACAUGGCCACCAAAGUAUGUAUCGACGGAGACCUGACCGCCAAAGGAUGCAAUGGUCAACACAUGGCCACCAAAGUAUGUAUCGACGGAGACCUGACCGCCAAAGGAUGCAAUGGUCAACACAUGGCCACCAAAGUAUGUAUCGACGGAGACCUGACCGCCAAAGGAUGCACCGAUGGACACAUGGCCACCAAAGUAUGUAUCGACGGAGACCUGACCGCCAAAGGAUGCACCGAUGGACACAUGGCCACCAAAGUAUGUAUCGACGGAGACCUGACCGCCAAAGGAUGCAAUGGUCAACACAUGGCCACCAAAGUAUGUAUCGACGGAGACCUGACCGCCAAAGGAUGCAAUGGUCAACACAUGGCCACCAAAGUAUGUAUCGACGGAGACCUGACCGCCAAAGGAUGCAAUGGUCAACACAUGGCCACCAAAGUAUGUAUCGACGGAGACCUGACCGCCAAAGGAUGCAAUGGUCAACACAUGGCCACCAAAGUAUGUAUCGACGGAGACCUGACCGCCAAAGGAUGCACCGAUGGACACAUGGCCAACAAAGUAUGUAUCGACGGAGACCUGACCGCCAAAGGAUGCACCGAUGGACACAUGGCCACCAAAGUAUGUAUCGACGGAGACCUGACCGCCAAAGGAUGCACCGAUUGA